AAUCUUUGUCCUCAGUUCUCAGCUCCCAGUCCUCCAGUCUGAGUGAGCUGGACCUGAGUAACAACAACCUGCAGGAUUCAGGAGUGAAGAUACUGUCUGCUGGACUGGAGAGUCCAGAUUGCAGACUGGAAACUCUCAGUCUGUCAGGAUGUCUGAUCACAGAGGAAGGCUGUGCUUCUCUGGCCUCAGCUCUGAGCCACAACCCCUCCCAUCUGAGAGAGCUGGACCUGAGCUACAAUCAUCCAGGAGACUCAGGAGAGAAGCUUCUGACUGCUGGACUGGAGGAUCCACACUGGAGACUGGACACUCUCAAGUUGGACCAUGGUGGACCACAGAGCCUGAAACCUGGUCUGAGGAAAUACGCCUGUGAACUGGAGCUGGAUCCAAACACAACAAACAGAAAACUCAAACUGUCUGACAACAACAUGAAGGUGACACAUGUGGAGGAGGAUCAGUCAUAUCCUGAUCAUCCAGACAGAUUUGACUUCUGUCCUCAGCUGCUGUGUAGAAAUGAUCUGAUUGGUCGUUGUUACUGGGAGGUUGAGUGCAGAGGAAGACUUUCUGUAUCAGUGACUUACAGAGGAAUCAGCAGGAAAGGAGACAGUGAUUACUGUGUGUUUGGAAGAAAUCAUCAGUCCUGGAGUCUGGACUGCUCUGAUAAUAGUGGUUACACUGUCUGGCACAAUAAGACAGGAACAUCCAUCUCCUCCUCCUCUGUCUCUGACAGAGUAGCAGUGUAUGUGGACUGUCCUGCUGGCACUCUGUCCUUCUACAGAGUCUCCUCUGACACACUGAUCCACCUCCACACCUUCAACACCACGUUCACUCAGCCUCUGUAUGCUGGGUUUAGAAUCUGGUCUGGUUCAAUGUCUCUGUGUCCUCUGUAGGAGGGAGAGUCUCUCCUUUGUACAGGCACUCUGCUGACUGAAUAUCAGCAGAAGCAGUGAGAGAAGUCCUCCUCAGGGCAAGAUGGAUGUACUUCAUUACUUUUUUAAUGCUAAUCUGAUAUGAGCCAAAACAUGUAUAAUAAUGG